AAUUUAGUUCGGUUUUAGCUCUGAUUCCGUGUGGACCUCAUAAAAAGCUCGCCCUCGACCGUCUCGAGCGUUUCCGUAUUGUAUCGGGUGGCCGUUUCUUCGAUUUGCGCGUCGCAUGGAGCCUACACUUACACACACACACACGCAGAUCCGAAUACGCACACACGCACACACACGCAGUGAAGCAGCGACAGCGUCAACAACGCCAAAUUAUCGAGUCUGCGCCAAAAGUGAUGGCAAUUGCGAAUCUUAAAGAGGUUCCCGCUUAUCCCUAAAUAUCUGCACCCAAAAAUAAAAAAAAGUGUUGCACCAACUGGCCGCUGUGCCCCGCCCCCGCCCCCCCCUCGUCACAGCACAGGAAGAGGCAGUUGCCAUUUUUCGGUUACGGGUUCGGUGCCCCCCAUCGAAGUCGUCGUCGUGGUUGUGGUCGUGGUCGUCGUCGUCGGUCAUGUCACAUGUCCUGGUGGCACCCGCUGCUGCCUUGUGCGUCUGACGCCGCCGCCGCACCGGCAGUUGGAAUAAUGCGGCGUUAGGGCCCCAGAGAGAGAGAGAGACUUUCGCGAGUGUCGAGUCGGCUGAGAAUUGAAAUUGGAAAUUGUUGUGGCCAAAAGAAGGGGCACGUGAGUUGCCGGUGGCAAAAGUGUAGAAGAAACCAAAAUAAAUGUGUGCCAUUAAUUGCUGGGAGGCAAACAAGAGGCAGUCGCAGUGGCAGUGGCAGUGUUCUAGCUUUCAGUUCUGAGUGCGGUUUCAUGCAGCAUUAGUGUGGUGUGGCAAGAACUACGACAACAGCCACACAUCCAUAGAAACAACAACACACCCACUAACUAGUGUUUAAAAGAAAUGGCCUGCAACAUGGCUUCGGAUCCGGCAUUAACAAAGGAAGAGGCACAGCAGCAGCAGCAGCAACAACAUACCAAAUGGCAGCAACAUGCAACAAAACGACGACGUUGCCAUCAACAUUGGAUUAAACAUCUGCAAAUACUGGGCAUGGCUGUCAUCGCCCUGUCCCUGACAGGCCUCGCCCCCUGCCACGCCCAGCAGCAAAAGUUCCGCACCACGCCCCACGAUCUGCAAGUACUCGAGGGUGCCGAGGCCAUGAUGCGCUGCGAGGUGACCAAUGUGGCCGGAGCCGUGCAAUGGACAAAGGACGGCUUCGCCCUGGGCUUCUCCGCCGUGAUCCCGGGCUUUCCGCGCUACUCAGUGCUCGGCGACCGGAAGCAGGGUGUCUACAAUCUGCGCAUCUCGAAUGCGUCCAUCAACGACGAUGCGGAGUACCAAUGCCAGGUGGGACCCGCCCGCCUCAACUCUGCAAUCCGAGCAAAUGCCAAACUGACAGUCAUAUCUCCGCCUGCCUCGAUCGAGAUCAAAGGCUACAGCCACAACUCCAAGGUUGAGGUGCGCGAGAAUCAGGACCUGCAGCUCAAGUGCAUUGUGGCGAAUGCAAAGCCGGCGGCUCAAAUAGUCUGGUAUCGCGGCAAUGUGGAAUACAAGCCAGAAAAACGCGAUGACCUGGUGGAGGAAUCGAUACCGAAACGAUGGACAACUACGUCAAGCCUGAAGCUGAAGCCGGGCUCCGAUGAUGACUAUACGGAAUAUACGUGCCAGGCCAAGCACAAGGCCCUCUCACCGGACAUGCCCAUGCGUGCCACCGUGCAACUGUCCGUGUUGUAUCCCCCGGGGCCGCCCUAUAUCGAGGGCUAUUCGCAGGGCGACACGCUGAGGCGUGGCCAGAGCGUGGAGCUAAUGUGCCGCAGUCGCGGUGGCAAUCCGCCUGCACAGCUUAUUUGGUACAAGAACGGAUCCCAGAUACGCAUGGCCUACAGAACCGCUGGACGUUUGUCGGAGAAUAUUUAUGCGUUUACCGCUGAGGCUGGGGACAACAAGGCCCGUUUCCGUUGCGAGGCGAGCAACGUAAUGUCCCAGACGCCGCUCAAGGCGGAAGUGGAUCUAUCUGUCCUGUUUGCACCCACGCACGUCACCGUAAUGGGACCUACAGAGGCGCGCGUCGGCGAUGUUGUGCCACUGACAUGCAACACAGCGCCAUCGAAUCCACCUGCGGAGAUCAAAUGGAUGGUGGGCGGACGGCAGGUGCGCAACACAACCUUCAGCAAGAUUAUCAGUCCCGAAGGCGGUUGGACGAGCACCUCCAACAUCACCGCCAUUGUGGAGCCCCACAAGCGCUCCCUGGUCGUCAUCUGCCACGGCCUCAACAUGCAGCUAACGGAGAAUGUGGUCUCCACGCACACGAUCAAUGUUCUGUAUCCUCCCGCACCGCCAUUAAUUUCCGGCUAUAUAGAGGGACAAAUUAUACCGGCUGGCUCUGUGCAAAAACUCCUUUGCGUUUCAUCAGGCGGCAAUCCGUUGGCGACGCUCACGUGGUACAAAAACGACAAGAGGAUCAAUUCGGUGAUACGAGCGGCAGACAAGUCUGUUUCGGCGGAAAUCACCAUCCUGGCGAAUGUGACGGACAACCAGGCGCAGUAUCGCUGCGAGGCCUCCAACAGCGCCACAGAAAUUCCACUCUUUCAGUCCACGACGCUUAGCGUGCAUUUUGCCCCGGAGACGGUCAAGAUACGCAUUGAACCGGAAGAGCUGCGACCUGGCAUGCAGGCAGCCAUCAUCUGUGACUCCAGCUCCAGCAAUCCGCCAGCGAAGCUCUCCUGGUGGAAGGAUGGCAUCCCCAUUGAAGGCAUUAAUAACACAUCCAAGCCGGGGCUCUGGGGCGGCACAGUAUCCACGCUGGAGUUCAGGGUAAACAUCACACAGGAAAUGAACGGCGUGGUCUACACUUGCCAGAGCGCCAACGAGGCAUUGCAGCGCAGCGUCCACGAGGCCAUCAGCCUGGAUGUCCUGUAUCGGCCCAAGUUCGUGCCACCGCCCUCAUCGACAGCCGUCGGCGUGGAGGGUGAGUCGCUCCAGGUGGCGCUCCAGACGAAGGCCAAUCCGACAACGGUGGAGUACAAGUGGACCAAGGAUGGCAGCACGAUACCGCAGGGCGGCGAGCAUCGCAUCUUUGCGGACGGCGGCAGCCUCAACUUCUCGCGGCUGCAUCGCGACGAUGCGGGGGUCUACUCGUGCAGCGCCAGCAAUACGCAGGGCAAGGCCACGCUGAACAUCACCGUCGUGGUGGAAUAUGGCACCACCAUUAAGGCCGUGUCGGAGAACAUCAUUGUGAAUCCCGGCGAGGACGCGAUGCUCUCGUGCAGCGUGGAGGGGAAACCGCUCACCGAGGAGCAUGUGAAGUGGGAGCGCGUGGGCUAUGACAUGACCGUCAAGACAUCGACGACCUUUGCCAAUGGCACCUCCUAUCUGCACCUCAAGAAUGCCCAGCGCGAGGAUGUGGGCAAUUUCCGUUGUGUGGCCGACAAUCGAGUGGCCAAUCCCACCAAUCGAGAUGUCCUGCUCAUUGUCAAAUUUGCUCCGGAGAUAACCAAGUCACCGACCAUGAUGCGAGCGGCCAGCGGUACGGGGGAGCGGGGCAGGCUGCCAUGCCGUGCCCAGGCAUCUCCGAAGCCGCAAUUCAUCUGGCGGCAGGACAAGAAGGAUCUGCCCAUCAAUCGCACCUACAAGUACGAGGUGGAGGAGCGCAAGAUAGACUCCCUGACCUACGAGUCCGCCCUCAUUGUCGACAAGGUGGCGCCCGCCGACUACGGGGCCUACGAGUGCAUUGCCCGCAACGAGCUGGGCGAGACCAUUGAGACGGUGCGCCUGGAAAUUACCUCACAGCCGGAUCCACCGCUCAGCCUCAACAUACUGAAUGUGACCCACGAUGCCGUCACUGUGGCCUGGACACCUGGCUUCGAUGGUGGCCUAAAGGCCUCCUAUCGUGUGCGCUAUCGAAUCGUCGACCGGGAGCAGUACAAGUACAUUGAUGGGCUGCCGAAUAGCCACAAGCUGACCAUCGCCGGACUACGCAUGGAUACACUCUAUCUCUUCUCGGUGAUGGCAUGGAACGAGCUCGGCCAGAGCGCCUACCUGCCGGACCUGACGCGGGCCCAAACCAAAGAGGCGCCACCGCCCUCACAGCCGGCAUCAUCGCUGGGCGGCGGACCACCAACCACCAGCCAGACCCCAUUGGGCGGCACAUCGGCCAUGCUGCUGGUCGGAGUCGGUGCCGGCAUUGUUGUUGUGCUCCUCAACGUGUUUGUCAUCGGCUGUUGUCUGCACAAACGGAACGAGAAGCGGCUCAAACGUGGACUUGAAUUGAUGCCAGCGGAGUUGAGCGAGGACUCGGCGGCGGGUAACAUACCGAACCUGGUCAUAAUUGGCAUCUCCCUGGCGGCCUUCGGCUUUCUGCUGGUCAAUGCGGCCCUCGUCGCCUGGUUCUUUGUGCAUCAGCGUCGCAAGAAAGUGUCGGAAACUACAAAUCAACCAGGAAAAACGGCAACCAUCGAGAUGUACGCGCCCAGUUCGUAUAAUGACACCGUCACCGGCGAGACGCUGUCCAGCGUUUCGGAGAAGAGCGAAUCCUAUUCGAAUGAGGGCGGCAGCCAGCCGGAAUAUAUUGAUGAAGCACGAAAAAAGGCGGCAUCAACAUAUCUGGUGGAGGGCGCGGAUAUGCCACCACCCAGAUACCAAAAGGAUGGCACACUGCCAGUAUUAUAUCCGAAUAAUAUUGUGAAUGCCUGCACGCUGCCACACCCGAGGCACAACAAUGGUAAUGCCACCGCCAUCCAUAUGAGCCGGGAUGAUCAGAUGCUAAUCAGCAAGGGCAUUUAUAUACCGUCCCCGUCGCCAGCGCCGCCGCCAGAUGGCUCCUACUAUAAUAUGAACAGCGACAGAUAUCUGUCCUAUCCGCCAAUGGAAUACCCAGCAGCCAUGGACUUCAGCGCCGCCCCACCCAUGUCCAUGGCGCAUCUGCAGCCCAUAACAGUGACGUCACAGGCGGCGGCGCUGCUGGCCAGCAAUGGCGGAGCGACGCUCAUGGGUAACGGAACGGCAGGAGGAUCGGGCACGCUGAGACGCGGCAUAUUGCGCGGAAUACCACAGCCGGAUGUCACCCACCACACGACAGCGGUCAGCGGCAGUCCCAUGCAAAUGCUGCACGACCUGCAUCCCGUCAAUCUGAGCGCCACCACCCUCACCACGAGCACCAUGCUCAAUGGCAGCAUGACGACGGCUGCAACCACGAGCACGCUGCCCCGCCAGCCCCACGGCAUCCUUAAGGAUCCCAACCGUAGCAAGCAGCUCCAACAGCAACACCAAAUGCAGCACCAGCAUCAGCAGCUUCUGAAUGCCAGCCUAGUGGGUGUGGGUGUGCCAGUUUCCGCGCCCAUGGGCAGCCUGCAGAUACUCAAUCUGCCAGCACAGGGCAGCGGCAUGGGCAGCAACCUACUGAUGACCACCAGCGCCACCUACGACCCCACGGGAGCGGCCAUGAGCAGUUUCAACGGGGGCGCCGCAGUCUCCGCUGCCUCCGCUGGUGGCAUCCCAGUGGCCUACACAGAUGCGGACGGGCAUCUCGUAUAACUGUAGGCUGAGGCUGGUGUCCCAAUUGCCACCAGCGGCGGCGGCGGCGGCGGCAGCAACAGCAGCAACAACAACACUGAAUCCCGAUACUAGUGCCCCGGAUUGGAGGGGCGCGGGGUGCAGCAGGCAGCAGGCAGCUAUAAAGUUAACCUAUCGUCAACCUACCUAACAUAUACAUAACAAAACAUAUAUAUAUAUAUAUAUAUAUCUAAGCUAUGUAGUCUAGGAGCUUUCUCUUCUGUGGGUUGCAUCCAGUAUCCCAUCCAUCUCCAUUUCUACGUAUAGCCAGGUUGCCGACGGAAGCGGUUGUCCAGCGGACAGGCACUAACGUUCCUCCCAUUACCUUAUUCAAAUCAGCCAACGAAUUAGUUUAUGUAAAUUUUAUCCAGCAUUUUUGUUGGAUCUGUCUGUCUUUUUUCGUUAAUGCCCCAACAGAGCCCCCACCCGCCUGCCACCCACACAAUGGUUGGGUGUUUAUUUAGAUAAGAAAAGCGGCAGCAGGCAGAAUGGGUGGCAUUUGGGGAGUGAGCAUAAUUUCGCAGAGAGUUUUACUAAUUAGCCGGCAGCAGGAAUAACAAAAACGUUCAACAGAGGCGCAAUGGCAGUGGCAGUGGCAGUGGCAGUGGAAGUGGCACCACCAGUAAGUUUCUGAAGGAGGCAAGUGAAAAUAAUUUGAAAUUUUCUUUAGUGGAACGCGAAACGGUCCAAAGCCGUUUGACAGCUCCCUGGGGCGUGCUAGGGGCUCAAGUCGACUGGGCACGUGAUUGCCCUGGACGGCAACCAGCAGCAGCAGCAGCAGCAGCAUCGGCACCGGUACCGGUCGUGGCCAUGGUCGCCAAAAGUUGAAGGUUGACAGCCGCUGGAAGCUGCCCCUCCCGCUUCUAGAAAAUAUUGACAGGCCCCCCACUCAUUGUAGCGCUGAUAAAGCAGGACUCUUGACUAGAAGGACACCCUACAAAUAGGAUUCACAGACUUACAAAACAGGCAGAUGAAUUGAUUAUACAUCAGAAUGCCAAAUUGAUAAUUCUAACAUACAUUUUCUCAAUUUUGAUAUUUCUUUAUUCCCAUUUUAUUGUUGAAAGCAAAUCCAAUUCCUGUUUCUAUGCAAGUGCAAAAAUUGUAGGAGCGCUGGGGGAGCCUUGAAAUUCAUUAUUCAGACUCUUCUGUAAACACAUUCAUGGCAAAAGAUACUUGUAUACCAGAUCCCCCAUGGACGGAAUGUCAGGCACUGCCACGCCCCACAGUCACACAGCAGUUUAUCCUUCAGAAGGCAUUCAUCGAGUACCAGUCGAAGUGGAGUGGAGUGGAGUGGAGCUUUUGCGGCACAUAAACAGUUUUCAUUUGCCACUCGACGCAGUUCAGCGAGCGUGACAUGGGGAAAAUCUUUGGAUGUGGCAAUGGGAAUGGGAUUGGUAGGGAGGGAAACUAGAAUUAGAACUGAGAAUCGGUAUGGGAAUGGGAGGCGCCCAUUAGCUGUGGCAUUGAAGACAAUCUGAGAACUUCUAGAACCCUUGUGGAAGCCUUGUUGAGGCGAAAAGCAUAAAACACAGGCGCUCUGCUCUGUUCACUUCUUGAAUGCUAGUGGCUUUGGCUUUGACUUUCUAGCUCUCGAGAUCUUCAAGCAUCGGGUAUAAUUGCUGCAGCUCCAGCUUCAGCUUCAGCUCCAGUUCCAACUCCUUGAAACAGAUAGGAAGUGUGUGUGUGUGUAGAUUUUAAUAUUCAUUUAGUUGUAAUUGCUGGAUAUACUCGCAAAGAGGGAGCAGCAGCUACGUCUGUCUGCUGUGGAUUAUCACAAAUGAAUAACUGCUCAGCUCUGCUCUGCUCUGCUCUGCUUUGAUUUUUUUGGGAAUUUCAAGAUGAUGGUGGCAAGCAAUGGAAAAGAAAACCCAAGGAAAACUCGCUUGACUGUGUAAUUAAAAGUGAAAUUAUCUUUGAAAUUAACGCAUAGACAAAGGCAAAAAGAAAACCACCAGCAAAAGACAAAGACAACGACAAAGGAGGAAUCCUCCAAAGAAAACCAGAAAAAUGCGCGAAAUGCUGAAAAUGGAAUUAAGAAUUAAAAUGAAAAUGAAAAUGAAAAUGAAGCCACUAUUGUAUGCGAGUGUCUGUGGGAAUCUGUGUAUGCUCAACCACGCCCACACAUUGUACGUAGUUACGUAUCUGUUCGUUUCGCUGGUUAGGAUUUCCGCUAUUGAAUAAUUGUGAUUGUACUUGCCACAGAUAAAAGUUAAAUGAGCAGGAAAAUUGUGCGCACUAUAAUCGAGUGUCUGCGUGUAGGGAUGGAAAGGAGGGAGGGUAGGCCCAUAACCUGUUGUUCAAGGCAUUUAUUAUGUGGGCCCCCAACAUUUGAAUUUAUUUUGAGUUUUGAGAAUAAGAAAAGAGAACUGCUGCCGGCAGCCGCAGACAAACCCAGAGACCCUGAUGGCACAUGGAAUACGUAUGUAACCCCACCCCUCUAUAACUUAUAGAUACGUGUAUUGUAUAGCUUAUUACCCAUCUCUUAGUGCGGCCAAAAUUGCAUUAACAAUUAGCAUUUACUCGUGUGUGAAAUGUUUAGGAUAUAGAUAAAUACUUGUAAGUAGCUAAGGACCGCAGUCAAACCGAAUUCAAUGUCAGAACUACUCAUCCAAUCAGCAAGCAAAAACAAAGCUAUAAAAACACUUUUCCAGUUGUAUCAUACUAUUAGCGAUAACAAGCGAUGAACGAUUAACUAUAUACGACAAUUAACUAUAAACGAUUAACGAUAAAUACAGGAUAAAUGCAGGUAUAUCGACCCACACACACACACACACACAUAUACAAAACAGAAACACAAAAUGCUACAGAUUUCAUAAAUGUAAAACGUAGCAUAGAAUCUCGACUCACAACUCUUUCUCUUAGAAACCCGACAGAACAUACAGUGCUAUAUAUAUAUAUAUAUGUAUGUAGCUAUAACUAAUACCACUGUUCCAUUGGCAGCACAUACACACAUUCUCGUAUCCCCCUUAAAAGUAUCCUAAAUGUUCGUAUGAUAUCCGUUCUCUUAUGCGAAAUUUGCACAGCGAAUUUGUGUCCGAGGUCUAGUGGAAGUGAUUGAAUAAUGCGCUUGCACUCAAUAUUCAAUUAUGAAAUGGGAUAGUACGAGUAUCUUGUAAAAUUAUCUUUAUCUCUUAGAAUUCUUAACGCUCCCCGGUGCGCCCCGAAUCUUGUAUGUCUUCCCCGCACAUGCUUCUGAAGGAGAGUGACUCUGACGUUUGUGUUUUGCGUUUUUGUCAUUGAUUUAGAUUUAUGGUACACUUAGUUUAGGACUUUACAUUUGACGAAAUAAGACUUAUUGUAGAUAAUUAUUUUGUUGAAAACAUUUAACGAAAAUCACAAGUGGUUCGAUGUGUACGUUUUUGCCAAAGAGAUAUAUUUGUUAAACAAAGAAUAAUAAAAAAAUAUAAAAAAACAUUGUGCUGCUUCGCUCUUUCUAUAUGUAUUUAAAUAGAUAAAUGUUCAAUUGAUGUACGACUAUGAUUACACCUAAGAUAACACCCAUCCAUGUAUCAUUUGAGAGUAAAAUUCGAACAGAAGACACACAAGACUUGAAUGCUUACCACAAACUAGAUUAAACAUGAGAGAGAUGACACAUUAAUGUUGAUGUUAAUGUUAAUUGAAACUUAAACUUAAAUGGAAUGCGAAUGCGAAUGCGAAUGUUUAUUGAAUUGUACUUAGUCUGUAUGUAUGUGUGUAUGCAUGUCCAAUUUCUGAGAUUAAAUAUAGAGAAAGGCUAAAGCAUUGUACAGUAGCCAACAAGGGAAAACAAUAAUUAAAUAAAGCAUAAGAUCUAUAAGGAUAAAUGAAACCAAACACACAAACAAGAAUGCAUAGUUUAUAGACGCAAUCGCCAUCUCUGAUAAAUUGUAUAAAAAGCGGAAAAACGAAAGAAAAACUCUCGUGAGAGACAAAUAUACCGACAAAUGUGGAAUGUAAUGCAUAUGAAACCUAUUGCAUUUUUAAAACGAGAUCUGUUAAUAAAUGAAUAA